AGAACCCACACAACCGGCAGCAGUUUUAUACUCUCCCAGCAUGCAAAUGGAAACCAUGGAGAUAUCGUCUUGAGCUCCUCGCUUCAUCUUAUCUGCUCUAUUCGAUCAAACAAGCUCGUGAGACCUUAACAUGGAUGCAUGGGAAGCGGAGGAGAGGUCGAAACAUGGCGGAGGUGACCGUGACCUGAAACCCACCCACCCCUUGGCUGCUCCUCCUUGCACGAAGAGAAGCCGGCGGUCGAUCCAGAAGCGAGUGGUGUCGAUCCCCAUCGGCGACGCCGAGGGAGUCGGGUCGAGGAACGGCGGUGGCGAGGCGUUCCCACCGUCGGAUUCAUGGGCGUGGAGGAAGUACGGCCAGAAGCCCAUCAAAGGCUCCCCUCAUCCCAGGGGUUACUACAGGUGCAGUAGCUGGAAGGGUUGCCCGGCAAGGAAGCAGGUGGAGCGCAGCCGCCUGGACCCCGCCACGCUCGUCGUCAGCUACUCUUUCGAGCACAACCACCCCUGGCCGCUCCCCAAGAACGGCCGACACCACCAGAAUCGCCCGACUCCGCCAGCGCAGCUCCCAGUGGAGGAGCCAGCGCCGUCGCCUCCGCCGUCGACCCAACCCUGCCCCCCCGAGCCGGAAGAGAAGUGCCCCGUGGUGAUCGGUGAGGACGAGCCGCUGCUGUUGAUCGACGACGGCGGCUUCCGGUGGUUCUCAGACGUGGCUUCCCCAUGCUCCACCUCCGCGGGCUCCGACGAGCUGCUCUACGGCUCGGUCCACUUCGGCGGCGCCGACGCGGCAGUGGUGCCGAUGCUGGAGGAAAGGGAGGCAGCAACGGCGGCGGGAGAGGAGGACUCGCUGUUCGCGGGGCUGGAGGAGCUGCCGGAGUCCUCGGUGGUACUACGCCGGGGGCUGGCGUCGGCGAUGGGGACCAACGGAUGAUCGACGGCCAUCGAUUAGACCGCGGGAGUGUCUUACGGCGUGUGAUGGGCUAAUCUGUCGUGGUUUCUGACGCGUGCGUACAUGGCUUUUUACUUUGA